AUGACCAGACUCCUUGUCUCUAUCGGCCUGUUCUCUGUCCUGUCUACUGCUCUCCUAUAUCUCGCCGGGGUAGACAUUGUCCAAACAUUGUCACCUCAAGGAUGUCGAAUGUCAUGGAUGUCACCUUCGUACGUUCUCCAGUCUGCAUUCGACCUCCAAUGGUCUCCACUAGCAAAACGAUAUUCCCUUUGGCUAUACCGUGAGGUUGGUUGGGAACCAAACGAGCUACAUGGCUCUCCUGUUCUUUUCAUUCCCGGAAACGCUGGUUCAUCCCAUCAAGUUCGCUCCAUAGCCUCCUCAGCAACACGCCAGUUUUACACCUCGCCGUAUCAACUCUCAUCUGAAUUUAGUUCUUCCUUGUAUAAACCCUUGGAUUUCUUUACCUUGGAAUUCAACGAAGAUCUAUCUGCUUUUCACGGGCCCACCCUUGAUGCGGAGAAGAAUUAUGCUUCUGCUGCAGUCGCAUAUAUUCUAACGCUCUACCCAUCCAACACAACCAUCACUGUUCUUGGGCAUUCCAUGGGCGGCAUCGUCGCUUCUGCUCUUCUACCCCAUCCCAACAUCUCAGCAAUAAUUACGAUGUCUACACCCCACACUCUCCCACCUGCUCGCUUUGACCGUCGCGUCGAUACUAUCUAUGCGGAAAAUCAAGUACGUCUUGCAGAUGAUCCAACUCCGAUUCUCUCACUUUGUGGAGGUGCGACGGACCUCAUGGUACCUUCUGAGUCCUGUAUUCUGCCUUCUGAAGGCGAACUGGUCUACAGACGUUCCGUGUUUACAUCUGCAUUAGAAGGCAGUUGGACCGGCGUUGGCCAUCGUGAAAUGGUUUGGUGUCAUCAAGUUCGUUGGCGCGUCGCGCGGGCAGCCCUCGAACUGCAGGUAGCAUCAACUCCCUCGGAGCGAGGCGCAGUGCUUGAUACUUGGAUAAGGGACGGACACAGACUUUCUCCGGCAAUUUCCUUGGGCAGCGAUAUUCUGGAUCUAAAUAUUGAACCUGCACAUGAAGUGGUCGCUGCUGGUCAACGUCUCCUCGUGAGAGAUCCUCGGGGCUCGCGCAUGUAUUUCCUGCCAAUGCCAGCUCGCACCUCUAAAUUUGUUCUAUAUGUUUCACGCGGAUCCAUUCUGUCCAUCUCCCCUCGGGCCGCCAUUCCUCUCAGUGUAUCCGUAUUCUUGUGUGGGGGAGAGGCUACGUGUACUCCACUUCAUCCCACGUCACUCAAGCUUGUGCCAAGCCCUGUCCCUGGUUUGCCGUUCCCUGUUCCGCGUGAAGGGGCAGACGAAUCUGAGGGUGUCGUGGUAUUCGAGGCUGAUGCCGUAGUUGGGGAAGCUGUUGCUGUCAAGGUGGAAAACGGAGACGGAAGAGGGUGGGUCGUUGGCGAAUUUAUUCCUGCUAAUAUUGUAACCAGCGAAGUCGGUAUGUUUGGUAUUCUUUUUUCUACGGUGUCCAUAAGCCUUCCGGAGGAUACUCUUUACUCGCAAAUAUCUUUUCCUAUUCUGCUCUCAAGUUCUCUUAUCGUCUACCAGCUCACGCCCGUGUCUGUACCCGAGAAAUCUUGCAAAGAUGUGUUACUCUCUCCGAUUCUUCAACACACUUCGCACCCAUCUGAAACACAUUAUUACCCGUUACAUCCUUCCGCACGUCCGAUCCUCUUGCACUCGCAUGCUUCUGGACCAUUUAUCUCUAGACCUGCGCGUGGGUUUACGCUCACAAUUUUCUCUUCCGGAGAAAAUGCAUGCAACAUCAAUCGCCUGAAGAUCCGCUUUAGUUGGUGGGGAACGCUAGGGCGGUGGGGUGUACGGUAUGGCACCGCUGCGGCAAGUUGGUCGGUAGGCGUGGUUGCGCUGGUUAUCUUCCAUGCUUGGAGCCUCACCGACGCCAGCGGCCGUACCCCUAGUGUUUCACUGGCGCUCUCCCACUUCGCACAUCAAAGGCUCCCGCAGCUUCUCUUUCUGUCGCUUGCCAUAUCGUUUCUUCCCCUUCCGUCGGGUUUCUGGCUUGGAAACGUGGGGGAGCUAUUCCUUGUCCCACUCGCUCCCUUACUGCUGCUCAUUGUGACGGGGCUCGUAUGCCUUACCUGGGGCAUGCUGACCGUACUAGUUUCCCUUUUCAACAAGGUUACGAGUGUGUUUCGCAAGCCCAGAGAAGAUACUGGUUCGCGCACUAACGCACUGCUAUCCAUGGCUCUGGUAUGCCUAUUAAUAUUCAUACUUGUGCCCUGGCAGGUGGCUUUUCUAGGGUGCUACGUCUACCAUUUCUACACAUGCGUGGCUCGUCUACCUCGUACCCCCGAUGCCUCUCCGGCUAGUCCGUCCACGCCGGUAACUGCAGAUAUGACGCCUGUUGGUAAUGGGGCACCGCCCACACGACUGGUCGCCGAGCUGUCCGUUCAAAGUCAACACGAGUACUUACUCCUCCUCAUGACCUGGCUUCUCCCUCUCGCAGCUCCCAUCCUUGCCGUGUGGGUACGUACACUCGCAACCGCCGGGAUCAUGGCGCGUUGGGAUGCCGAUCACAAUGUCUUCUGUGUGGCCCCCUUCCUGGUUGCUGUCGAGUUCGCGUCCGUCGGAGGUUCCCUGUUCCAACGACCCUUCUCUGGAAUUUACGCCUUCUCGCCGAGAUGGGGAAUGCUAGUUCUUGCGGCCGUAGCGUUCCUCGUUGGCCCUCGGUCGACGUACUUAGUAUUCGAGGUUGCAAGUGUCGUUGUCGGGAUCCCUGUGUUGCUCAGGUUAGCCUCGUGGGAUCUGUUAGGGAGGUCGCAAUGUUUGUAA